UUGGCUGGCGGGCGGGCGGGCGAGCGGCUGGCUGGCUUUGGCAAAGGCCUGCCGCUCGAAGUGCCGCACACCGUCCGCUGGGCCCGCUGUGAGGAGGGGACGGGAGCGGCGGCGCCAGCUCCGCCAUGGUGAAGAAGCGGAAAGGCCGGGUCCUCAUUGACUCAGACACCGAGGACAGCGGCAGCGAGGAGAACCUGGACCAGGAGCUCCUGUCAUUGGCCAAGCGGAAACGUGGUGAUUCUGAAGAAAAGGAAGCACCUGCUAGCAAGCCUACAGCAUCUUCAGACUCUGAGACUUCAGAUAGUGAUAUUGAGUGGACAGUAGGGGGUACUAAAACCAAAAAGAAAGGAAAAGCUGCAAAAGUAGAGAAGAAGGGAGCCAUGAAGAAACAGAUGAAUAAAGCAGCUUCAUCAGGCAGCUCUGAUAAAGAUACCUCUCCAGAGAGUUCUGCACCAGAAGAAGGAGAAGUAUCUGACUCUGAAACCAAUGGCUCUUGCAGUAGCUCAGACUCUGAAACUUCAUCUGAAGAUGAGUUUACUGAUGGCUACGGGGAGGAUUUUAUGGGUGAUGAAGAAGAUAGAGCUCGCCUAGAACAGAUGACAGAAAAAGAAAGAGAACAGGAAUUGUUUAAUCGGAUAGAGAAGAGAGAAGUUUUGAAGAAAAGAUUUGAAAUAAAGAAAAAAUUAAAGACGGCAAAAAAGAAAGAAAAGAAAGAAAAAAAGAAAAGGAAAAAGCAGGAAGAAGAACAGGAAAAGAAAAAGCUCACACAGAUCCAGGAAUCCCAGGUAAUGUCACAUAAUAAAGAGAGACGGUCAAAACGGGAUGAAAAAUUGGAUAAGAAAUCCCAAGCUAUGGAAGAACUAAAAGCAGAAAGGGAGAAAAGGAAGAACAGAACAGCUGAAUUACUUGCAAAGAAGCAACCGUUAAAGACAAGUGAAGUAUACUCAGAUGAUGAAGAAGAGGAAGAAGAUGAUAAAUCUAGUGAGAAAACUGAUCAUUCAUCCAGAUCUUCAUCUUCUGAUGAAGAAGAAGAGAAAGAAGAAAUUCCUCCUAAAUCACAACCAGUGUCUCUACCUGAAGAAUUGAAUCGGGUUCGAUUAUCCCGACACAAAUUGGAGCGAUGGUGUCACAUGCCUUUCUUUGCCAAAACAGUCACUGGUUGCUUUGUGCGCAUUGGAAUAGGAAACCACAACAGCAAACCAGUUUACAGAGUGGCAGAAAUAACUGGUGUUGUAGAGACAGCAAAAGUAUAUCAGCUUGGAGCUACCAGGACAAACAAAGGGUUGCAGUUAAGACAUGGUAAUGACCAACGUGUGUUCCGCUUAGAAUUUGUCUCCAAUCAGGAAUUCACAGAGAGUGAGUUCAUGAAGUGGAAGGAAGCCAUGUUUUCUGCUGGGAUGCAGUUACCCACCCUUGACGAAAUAAACAAGAAAGAAGUGUCCAUCAAAGAAGCCCUCAACUAUAAAUUCAAUGACCAGGACAUUGAGGAGAUAGUAAAGGAGAAGGAGAGAUUCCGAAAAGCACCACCAAACUAUGCCAUGAAGAAAACUCAGUUACUAAAAGAAAAGGCCAUGGCAGAAGACAUGGGAGAUCAGGACAGAGCAAAACAGAUUCAAGACCAGCUUAAUGAGUUAGAGGAAAGAGCAGAAGCCUUAGAUCGUCAGAGAACAAAAAACAUUUCAGCCAUCAGUUAUAUCAACCAGAGAAAUAGAGAAUGGAAUAUUGUGGAAUCUGAAAAAGCUUUAGUGGCUGAAAGCCACAGUAUGAAAAACCAGCAAAUGGAUCCUUUUACUAGACGGCAAUGUAAACCUACAAUAGUCUCAAAUUCUAGGGAUCCUGCUGUACAGGCUGCUAUCAUUGCUCGACUAAAUGCAAAAUAUGGAUCUGUUGUGUUACCUGAUGCUCCAAAGGACCUGACCAAGAGCCAGGGUAAAGACAAAGAUAUGAAUUCAAAAUCAGCCAGUGAUCUCUCAGAGGAUCUUUUCAAAGUGCACGAUUUUGAUGUGAAAAUUGACCUUCAGGUUCCUAGUUCAGAGUCCAAAACACUGGCCAUCACCUCCAAGGCUCCCCCUGCAAAAGAUGGUGCCCCUCGGCGAUCACUGAACCUAGAGGACUACAAGAAAAGGCGGGGGCUGAUCUGAGCAUUCCCACUCUCUGCUGCUUCUGAUCCUGCAUGCUACAUGAUCUCCUCUACACCCCUUUAUUUUCUUCCCUUCUACUUCAGUUGACCCUUUUGGGUUGGAGCAGCAGCUAAAGAGCUAGGAAGAGACUCUUUAAAAUUGCCAGCCAUUUGUAAUAUAAAUCACUGACUUUUUGCUGUAUAGACUUCCCUUAUUGCUCUUUCCUCCUGCGAUACACAAAUAUGGAUCCAUGCUAUUUUUAGGGAGGGGAAGGAGUUUUUUUUUUCCUUUUGGAAGUACAGCUGUUUGGAAUUGGCUGUCUGUAUUCAGUGUUAACUUGGAAUCUGGAUUUCUGCAGGAAUCUGUUGGUGGCCGAGCAGUGUUAGCACUUUGCUUUUCCACCAUCCCAGGCAAGGAGAAUUUACCCGCGAGUGGCACAAGACCUCUUGUGAAGGUCACCUGCACUUUUCCCUCUUCUUCUUUCCCUUUGCUCCUAGCUUUGGAGAGGGACAUAUUUGCAAACAGGUUUCGGGUGAAAGUGUACAUUUUUGUGGGGGUGGGGUGGGCUGUGUGAACUUUUUUCCAGAUGUUUUUUUAUCAUUUUUAACCUGCAGUAAAUUUGUAUUUGUCACAGUUCUUUAAAGAUGUCUGGAAUUUCUACCAGCUACAUUUGAGCAUCUGACAGCAGGGGCAGUUUAGUAAAUGUGAUUUUUUAAAAAACAAACAAACAAAAAGGGCCUGGCUAACAAUAGCUGUGCAAGUUCACACUUCUCUGUUUUCUUUUUAUAAAAAUGCCUCCCGUCUCUCCCUCCCAUAUCUGGCUUUAUAAUACAGUAAUAUAUAUAUACUGUUGAAUAACCUGUUAUAGGAAGGUAGGGCACUAUGUCUUCUCUGGCUGCUACUUGGAUCUUCUCUUCCAUUUCCCCUCCCCAAAACAGAAAUAUGUGUGGUCAUCCCCUUUGCUACUCAGCCUCAUCUUUUCUAGGCUAGACUAGAUAUGUUUUCAUUUGCAUACUUUUUGGGGAAAAUGCUGAAUGGGAAGAAUAUGGUAGAAUUGGGAGAUUAUUUUAAAUUGCAGUUAUUUGACCUAUAUAACAUUAGUAGGUACAACACGUGUGGUUGUGAACCUUAACAAAGGAUUGUACAUGUGGUGUGCUCGAAUAGGAAACACGACUGCUUGAUAAUCACUCAGGGGUAAAGAUCAACGUGUAAAUAAAUGACAUUUUAUCAAAAAUUUCAGAAUGAACUACCAUGGGUUAUACUGAAUUUAGUACAUGAAUAAUGACAGGUUUCACUAGUGCCAGUUUGGGAAACCUAAACAAAGGAUAUUUUCCUGACCCAAGAAUCAGAAGGAGACUGUACAUGAAGCAUUUUUAAGCCCAGAAUAUCUAUGGUUACAUCUAAACAGAGAUUUGAAUCUUGUGGCUGUGAUCUGUGAGUAUCCUUCUUGAUGUUUAAUCUGUUUUUUUUUCUUUAAUUGUUUAUUUAAUGCAAGGGGAACACGUAACUGUGUAAAACCUAUGAAAUGAAAGGGGAGGGGAAACUCCUCCGUAGAUUGUUCUUAUCACAUUGUGUGAAAUGUGUGGCUUUAUUUACUAGAUAGUCCACAGCUUUAUGGACUGUUGUGUAAAUAUGUAAUCAUUCUGGUUUGCUUUGUUUUUCUUUUUUUUAAAGCUACAUUUCUCAAGCUCUUGUGGACUGUUAUUUUUUUAAAUGGAUUUCUGGAAUAUGCCGGUGUAUAACUGGGAGUCAUCAUGAUAUACUGUGUAAAUAAGCAAUAUUAUCACUUGAUUUUUUUCCCCCCCUGCCAAUAUCAUUUGUAGUAGCCAAUCUCCCAAUACCAAUAUUUCUGAUGUAGGAAAAUAGAUUUGCAAUACUUUUACAGGUUUUUGAUUGCCCAAGAAUUUCUAUAAAGCUGUGACAUGAGAGAAAGAAAAGAGCAAGCAAAGAUUUAGCGUCUUAAUGUUUCUACCUAAUUAUAUCAUGGCAGUCCGUGACAGACUUUUGUAGCCAGAGGUAGACUAUAUGACAUUGGCCUUAUAAUCAAAGUGCAGAAAAUUUUUUUUCUCUUUAAGUUGUAAAUAAAGCAUUGGUUUCCUCCCCUCCAGUUGGGUUAGAGCAAUGUUUCUCAACCUCAGCAACAUUAAGAUGUCUGGACCAAAUUCCGGAAUUGAAUGCUGGCUGAAGAAUUCUAGGAAUUGAAGUCCUCACAUCCUAAUGUUCCUGAGGUUGUGAAAUACUGAGUUAGAUAAACUACUCAAAAGAAGUGGGGAAUUUAAAGACACGAAUGAGAUAGCUGUCCCAAUGUAUCCCCUAUGUACUAAACUCAGAAAUGAGAUUCUGUUUUUCACAGAGGUAAUAGUUGAGUCCUUGUACACCAUCGUUUUCAGUGAGAAUAAUACAUCGAAGGAGUAUUUUUUCUCAGAUAGCUAUGGAACUAAUUGUGUAUGAAGGUGUAAUGUUUUCUCCUCUUAAGUGCAUGUGACAGUGAGUGAUGACACCACAGUCUCAUUUGGAGGGAUGGGUUUAUUUGCUUUAAUUCAUUGAUGUCUCGGCAGCAUUCGUUACAAUGUAUAGACUUCUAUAAAUAAACUCUGGUUGGUUUUAAUAAA